CACAGUUUCUGAUGGGUCACAGAUUUCGGUGUAACACCGGCACGCCGCUAUUUCCGCCUUAGCUAAAACUCCCAGAAGCCUGUGCGCGGCCGGAAGUUAAAACCCCACCAAAGCAGACAAGUAGCAGAUACAAGCGAAGUUUCCAUAAAGUUUGCCUUGUGUGUCCAGAUGAUGAAGAGUAAAGCAGAUGAAGAAGAUUACUGGAACAGCUCCAAGUUCAAAGCCUUCACCUUUGAUGAUGAAGAUGACGAGUUCAGCAGGUUGAAGGAGUCGAAGCGGGCGGUAAACAGCAUGCGCAACCUGGUGGAGGAAGACGAAGGUGAUGAUGAUGAAGAAGAGGUGGAGAAGGUCAGCUGGAGCGGAGAGCCUGUCGGCAGUAUUUCCUGGUCGGUCAGUGAGACGGCAGCGUCCAAUCAGAAAGCAGACAGAGAGCCCGCCUUCCCCAAAGUCAGCACCGACUCCGUAACCAUGAGCAGGAGUCACUCCGGUUACUCUCUGAGCUCGCUGUUCAAAGGAAAAACGAAAGCAGCAAACUUCCAGUCAUUCUCCGACUCGCCAAGCGACUCGUCUCUCAGGCUCUAUGCUCCAGAACUCAGGAAACCCAAAUCUGAAUACAAGGAUUAUGUCAGUAAUUGGUCUCCUGAAGAAACGGUCCAAAGAAUGCAGCAAGGAAAGGUUGUGUCACUGGAGAAGUUUCGUUCUCUUCAGGAUAAACUUUUGCUUCUGGAUUUCGCUGUGAGGGGUCACGAUGGAAACGUCAUCACUGCUAUUCUAAUUUAUUUAAAGAGGACUCUGAGUAAAGGUGAGCCUGUUCACUGUCCUGGGACCAAUCAAACCUGCUGUCAUUCAUUCGCUGUGUUUUCUUGUUUAGAGGUUUUGUUUCGAGAGCUGGAGUCCAGACAGACGGCUCUGAGACAUUUGAUCCACUAUCUGACUGAGACCAGAGACCAGAGGCUGCUAUUGGAGCUGCUCAGAGCUCUGGGCAGGAUGGAGGAUGUGGCGCUGUUGCAGUAUAAAGAACACCUGAGCAUCGCUGAUGAAAACAAGAGGCGGGACUUUCUAAAGACCUGCCUGAAUCUUCCAUUUUCUCCAGAAGAUUCUGCUCAUAUUCAGGAUCACUACACUCUGCUGGAGAGGCAAGUUAUCAUCGAGACCACCGACCGACACGCAGAACGUGGUGGAAAGGUGGAAGUUUUCCAGAAGUUUCCCAGAAGGGCUUCAAUCCUCAACAUGCCAAUGAUCACAACACUGUACUACUGCUGCUUCUACCACUACACUGAGCCAGAGGGAACUUUCAGCUGUCCGUUGAACAUCCGUCAGACUUUCAAGAUUUCGGAGAAGCAGUAUUUUGUGACAGCGUUGGCAGCUCGGGCGAAGCUGAAGGCGUGGUCGGACGUGGACGCUUUGUUCACCAGCAGGAACUGGCUCGGCUUCACCAGGAAGAAAUCACCGCUCGGCUUCCAAAGGGUUGUUGACAUCCUGCAAAAAAACUCCGCCCCUACAGAGGUGUUGCAGAACUACGUGGCGCUUGUUGAUGAUGCAGAGCUCCGGAUUUCUUUGGCUCAGAAACAUAAAUGUCACGACAUUGUCAUCAACACGUACCGGGACCUGAAGGACCGGCAGCAGUUGCUUGGAUACCGGGUGAAGGUGAAGAGAGGGUCAGCGGAGGAGAGGAAGAUCGACGAGCUGCUCAACAAUUCGCAAAUCCGGUGGAAGAACUGAUGACCUGAAGACUUUUACUUUUGAAUAAAAACGCUUUUUCCUGUGUUAAGAUAAACGGCGUCGCCGUGACAACAGAAGUCGGAUCAUUUCUGCGUCAAUGAUGGCAGAAAAAAGCACUUUGUUUGACGCUGGCCACAAAAGACAAAAAUAAAUUAAAAUUUUUUUUCUUCUUUUUUUUACGUGGAGAAGAAGAGGACAGAGGGGAGGAAAUGAAAUGAGAAAUGUAAUGUUUAUUGAUCACAGUUUCAAUGUAAAACAUAAAUAAUACACUUAAAAAUAAAUAAAUAAAUACACACUU